UCUGAACACAUCGAAACCCUGAUGAGCAUCUCUCUUUACUCUGCAAUACAAGUUUAGGGACAGGAGGAAGAGUAAAAGAAUAGAGAACUAUCGUGUAACUCACUGGAAAUGAUAAAUAUUUUCUUGCAACCUGAUAAAUAGAAGUACACUGUCAUCAUGACCCAAGGAAAGGUUUCAGUAGCAAACAAGUCGAACGAUGGCUCCACAGCACCUCCUGCUCCUCCAAGCUAUGAAGAGGCAACUGCAGGUGAUUUCAAAGAAUUUGUUAUUUGUUCUACCUGCAUUGCCACGGGACAGAUGCUCAAUGAGUUUUGCUGGGAUGACCUGAAUGUACGACGAAUAUUCAUAAGGAAGGUGUAUGCUAUCCUGACACUUCAGCUAUCUGUUACUCUGGCCAUCGUGUCUCUAUUUACCUUCUGUGAUCCGAUAAAGGACUACAUACAAUACUAUCCUGGAUGGUACUGGGCAGCAUAUGCAGUGUUCUUUGUCACGUACCUGACACUUUCCUGCUGUGCCGGACCAAGGAGGCAGUUUCCAUGGAAUCUGAUUCUUCUGGUGAUAUUUACGCUGUCUCUUUCCUAUAUGACAGGAAUGUUGGCCAGUUAUUAUAAUACUAAAUCUGUGAUGAUUUGCUUGGGUAUUACUGUUUUGGUCUGUCUCACUGUCUCAGUCUUUAGCUUUCAGACCAAGAUUGAUGUGACCUCAUGCCAGGGUGUGCUGCUUGUUCUGUGCACCUCAUUCUUCAUAUGCGGACUCGUUCUGGCUUUUAUCCUGCCUUUUGGGCAUGUUCCCUGGAUGCAUACUGUUUUUGCUGGGCUUGGAGCAAUACUGUUCAGCUUGUUUCUGGCAUUUGACACACAGCUGCUGAUGGGGAAGAAGCGCUACUCUAUAAGCCCAGAGGAGUACAUCUUUGCCACACUCAACAUCUAUAUGGACAUUGUGUACAUAUUUUCCUUUUUCCUCCAGAUGUUUGGAAAUCAGCGGGAAUAAGCCUGACCUUAACUCGGUUUCCAAGACUAUAGAAGGGUUACAGCAUGCCACAUUCCGUUUCGGGUAAUUGACCA